AUGGACAAGAGCCAAAUCACCAAGCAUAGAAGGUCGCUCGGCGAAUCAGAUCACAGCUUCGAGCACCGGCCCAGAUUUUACCGGCAGGAAGGUCAACACGCAGAGGAACGGAGGUCGCCCAGGGAAGCCCGGUCGGACUCCUAUCAGCAGCCUCGCAAGGAGGUUCGCCGGGAACGCAGUCUGAGUCCGUACAGCAAACGACUGGCUUUAACGCAAGCAAUGAACAUGUGA